CUCUGUCAUUUCUUUCCCUGGUUCGAGGGUAGAUAUUUAUUGUAGUAACAGUGUAAGUAUGAGUAGAAAUAUGGAAGCAAAUUCUGCAGGUGGAAAAUUGGGAGAGUCUAUUUUACAGUUAAAAGAUGAUCAGCAAAAUACACAGAGUAUAAGUCUUUCGGAAUUAACAAGUAUUUUGAUAGGUCCAAAUAAAAAACCAAGAGAAAAUCUUAUCGUACCAGCUGGUAUUGGACCACACCGUUUCAAGACGAAGGAAGAAGUUAUGGUCGAAGCUGCGUUUGAAAGUUGCAUGUUUAAAACUGUAAUGAGUUGUGUUCUAGGUUUUGGGCUUGGUGGAGCUAUUGGUUUGUUUUCUGCUAGUGUAGACCCCAAUAUUGCUGGUGUCAAUGCUCAACAACAAACAGCUCGACAGGUUUUACGGGAUAUGAAGGUUAAGACGUUAUCACAUGCCAAAAACUUUGCUAUCAUUGGUGCCAUGUUUGCAGCAACUGAGUGUAUGAUUGAGAGUCACAGAGCUAAAAAUGACUGGAAGAAUGGUACAUUAGCUGGAGCUGUCACAGGUGGAAUUAUUGGACUUAGAGCUGGAAUUAAGGCUGGUGUUGUUGGAGCAGCUGGUUUUGCAGCCUUUUCCACAAUCAUUGAUUAUUACCUUAGGUGAUAUUAGAGGUUGUAGAUCCUGUUCAUCAAUCUGUACAGACUUCAGAAUGCUCUUAUUACUUCAUUAUACAUAGUUGUAUAAGACCUAUGUUCUCAAAUAGAUAAGUGAGUGUUUAUUGUAUUAAAAUGCAGUUUUAGUUAUACA